UCUGGUGACCACAUCUAGGCCUAGAGACUAGAACUCACUUACUCUGGAUUGAAACCUUGAACAAAUUCGUCGGCAAGGGCGUCUGACACACUGGUCCCACCUCACCUGAAACCUGCACAAGCAACCUAGGGCAACGUAAGACAAAGCAACGCCUUUGGUUUCCUUCCAUGAAUGACAAAGCUCCCGAAAUGCCCAGAUAAUUGCUCGCCGUUGGAGUGAUCUGACACUAUCGCAUACAACCCUGGCUGCUCCUCUUUGUAGGUCACUGAUGCAGCGGGAGUGACGCAGCAGUUGCAGCCUCUUCCAGAUGGCAAAUAUACACAGCAGGAACAGGGAACCUCUGCUCAAGCAGACAGAGGGAAGGAAGAAGGAAGAUGGGAAAGGCCUGAUCUGAGGCAAAGGGAGAUCAGGAGCCGAGCAGUCACCCCCUGCUUUCCUCCUCCAAAGCAAACACCAGGGGAGACUUCCACAGCGGCAGGGGCAGGCCCAGCAAGACCUUCUGCACAGAAACAGUUUUGAUGACAGUGGUGUGCCCAUGCACUCAGAACCUGAUGGAUAGUGCUCACCCUCACACCGUGCUCAGCAAGCUCAAUGAGCAGCGCUCACAAGGCCUCUUCUGUGAUGUUACCAUUGUGGUGGAGGAUGUUAAGUUUCGGGCCCACAAGAACAUCCUGGCCGCCUGCAGUGGGUACUUCAGGAACGCUUUGACAGCUUCCGAGACAUGGAGCUCCAGUCAAGUGCUGGAGCUGAUGGACCUGAAGUCAGAGGUGUUUGCCAGUAUCCUCAAUUUCAUCUACAGCUCAAAGGUGACAUCCCCUGGUUCAGAGGACACAAGGGGACUAGUGGCAGCUGGAAAAAGACUUGGAAUACCUUUUCUGGAGAAGCUGGCAGAACAAGAGAGACAGGACGAGUCCAGCAUAGGCCCAGUGUGUAAAACAACAAAGAAGGAAGCUCCCAAGCCUGAGGAGAUAGACAGUGCAAGAGGGCCACGCAUCACCAACGCCUUCUCUAUCACUGAAGUGUGUCCCGGGAUCAAUCCUUUCACCCCUCUGGUUCAAACCAGUGGGGAGAGACGGUCACCAGAUGUGGCACAGCCCCCAUCAAGUUGCCCUACAACGUCCUGCCUCAACGGAAACAAUGAGACCGCCCAUGCCCUCUCAGAGCACUCAUAUGCAGUAAGCAAAUCCUCUGAAGGCAUAGACAGCAGUCAGUCGGAAAACAAGAAAGUCAGUAAGCCGGCAAUAUCACAGCAAAAGCAGCUCUUCUACAAAAACGUAGGUCCGCUUAAAAAGCGCCACAGGCUGACAGGCAUUGUGGGUAGAACAAUACUUCCAACACCAGCUGAACCACAAACAGACACACCAUAUACAGUAACUGCCACAUUAGCUGAUGGCGUCACUGCAGAACCUGCGGCAGUCAUGACACCACCUGCACUUGUUUCCGCGGAAGAGCGAGAAGAGAGUGUAGACCCGAUGCUUCCCAAAGCCACGGAAAAUGUUCCGAUGGAGUUAGGUCCACCAACCCUUUCCCCUCACACAGAGGACAGCAUAUCAAUCUACGGAUGUGAGCACUGCUCAGAGAUAUUUAUGAAUAAAGCUCUGCUCACUGUUCACUCAGAAGUACAUAAAAAGCGCUUUGUAAGCCAUUUGUUUUGCAAGUUUUGUCGCAGAAAGUUCAUACACCUAAAACGGCUGCGCAACCACGAGCAGGUCUGUCCUAAGUCUGUAAGAGAGCCGCCUAAAUUAGAAGCUCCUGACAUACCAGUCAAAGAGAUGGACCCGCAUUCAGAAGACAUGGCGAACAUGGAGAGCGUUGUGACACAGCUUUCUUCUGCUGACCUCUCAAACCCUUCGACCCCAGAGCCUCUUCAAGAGGACCAAUCAGAACCUCCACGGGAAGAGAGGGCAGCAAGGCCAGGUGGCACUCAGAGGAGAUACAACUGCCACAUGUGUAAACGCGUCUAUGUCACCCUAUCCAGUCUCAAGCGGCAUGAGAAUGUACAUUCCUGGCAGAGGGCCUACCCCUGUCAUUACUGCAAUAAAGUGUUUGCCUUGGCAGAGUACCGUACAAAGCAUGAAAUAUGGCACACAGGUGAGCGACGCUAUCAGUGCAUUUUCUGCCUGGAAACAUUCAUGACAUACUAUAUCUUGAAAAACCAUCAGAAGUCUUUUCACGGCAUUGAUCCCAGUUUGGCUGUUAAGAAAAAAUCUGCCAAUGGCGGGCUGAAAGCCAGCGUUUACCCCAUCAAGCUCUACCGGCUCCUGCCUAUGAAGUUUAGAAAGAGACAAUACAAGACUUACAGUCAGACGUAUUCAGAGAGCGCUGAAAAGGGUGACCAAGCUGCACUGGACAGCAACUCCCUUAUUCCUCCAUUGGAAGAAAACGGUCUGAUCGUCCACCCUGAUACGACGCCAUUCCCUCUGACAUUCAUGGCAACGACAAAGACAGUGGCCCCUGUCAUUCCGCGCAUCAGCUUUGACAAGCUAUGUGACCCGGACAUUGACCAAAGUUUGAGCAAAGAAUUGGAAAUUCAGAGAGACACAAGUAAGGAAGCGGAGAGUAGAGAUGCACCCUUCAUGAACUACAACAGUACCUUCUCUUUGCAACACGAUACAGAGGCUCACAAAGAUGACCCUCCCGUGCUGAUGAACUCAGAGUACGUCAGUCAUAAUGUGCCAUUGUUACACUCUUUGAACGCUGUUAAAAAGCUAGGUGAGCUGUCAGCUUCUGCAAAAAGAGUUGAGGAAAUGACCAAGGAGAUACUUCAGUCUAGUACAGAGAAUCUAGUGCGUGAUAAAACGGGUGGGUCAAAGACAGAAACAUAUAUUGCCAAACCUGCCUGCCCAGGGCCGUCACUGGAUGGCGACACCAUGCCGCUCUGUCAAAUAACAGUGAAAAUAGGCAAUGAAGCCAUCAUCCGCCGCCGGAUCAAAGGAUCUAAGCUCUUUCCCAGAAAGAAAAGGAGAGUCAGGGAACUGAGUGACGAGGAGAGUCCGAGUCAGUGUCCCCCAAUGAGAGAAAGCUCAGAGAGCCGCCGGCUCCGCCUCAGAUCAGAAGUCCCUGGCACCGCAGAGACGUACGACGAUCCCAAUGACUGUGACACAGGUGACAAGCUCUGGCGUCCCUACUAUUCUUACAAAGCUAAAAAGAAGAGGAAGAAGUUGAGAUUCAAGCACAGAACUGCUCUGCUUCACCGUUACCCUGAACCAACUGCGGAUAGAACUGCUGCCACUGAGGCCCACCUUGACAGAAGCAGUUGGCUGGCAGAGGAGAGCAGCUCGGGGGGUAGUGCGGAGGUGAAACGUGGUCUUAGUAGGAACUGCAGCCCGAGGGCCACCUACAACUGUGACAUCUGUGACAGCUCUUUCAUCACAGAGACCGGCCUUAGAGCUCAUGUCAUUGGUUCUCACCCGUGUUUUUGCCGGACCUGUGGUAAACAAGGUCCCCCCGGUGAGGCGCCUGCUGGUGGGGAUUACAUCUGCAACAGCUGUAUGGAAAGUGGCUCCUGCUUUGACAACACACCGCGGAGCCCCAACCCAGAAAAGAAGUAUCGCUGCUCCUUCUGCCCUCAGCGUUUCCUCUACCUUGCCACCAAGAGAAGCCAUGAGAAAAAACACCAAGAGACAAAUGAGGAGGGAUAUAACUAUGAAAACUUCUCACCAUCUUCUAAAUACCUGAGUGAAGAAGACAAACAAGACACUAUCAAAACGGAGGACAGCGACAAUCAAGGGGGAACUGACAUAAACAGUGAAAGGGAGGAAGGAGGACAUUUUUCUGAUGAUAAAAUUAAACCUAAAAUCGAGGACACAACAGACUUUAUGUCUUUGACUACAUACCAGGACGCGUCAUAUUCCAACAUCAAAAGUCCAUUAUCACCCUGCAUCGACCCACUGUUUUCCCUGGCGUCCUCGAAGGUGAAACAUAAAAUGGUCAAACCGCCUUCUGCGCACCUCAUCUCAAAAAAGCAAGCCCGUCUCAGAGAGAGCGAUAGCAACAAGGACAUUUUGACGGGGCCAAGAGCAAGCAGCCACGGCGAUCGCGAGAAGUUCUGCUAACUGUUUGGGAAAAAUGACUCAGAGACUAGAGGUAGCAACAUUUCCAUACACAAGCCGGAGAAAUGGGUCUGCAAGGAGGAGCCACUUUUUUAAAACAUAGUUUAGUACGGCGACCAACGAUAAAGGCAAAGGAGGACAUGAAUAAAAAUUGGACUGUGAGCCUCUGCUUUAGUUAGGAAAUGUAAAAUUUUCUGUAUUUGCUGCUGAGUGAAGGUUUCAAAUGGACAUCACCAAACAUGAGGAUUGAAUAUCAGUGUGGGCUGCGAUUUCUUCCCUCCUGAACUCAACGACUGAGUGAAGUUUCAGUUUUGAAGAAGAUAUUUUUUGGGGGUUAAUAUAGGAUCUUCUGACACCGCUGCACUUUGUCCCUUGUCUAUGCAUAUGAGGCAAACUCAGUGGCACGACUGUAACCUCACGUAAAGAGAUGAUGUGUAAUUUCAGAACAGGGGUGGGAUGUGUUGGUCAACUGAAACAGCCUGUUAAGUGUGGUGACAUCUUCACAAUUUGAAGUCUGGGUAAAACAAAACCCCUUUUUUCGGCACAUUUGUUGAGUUAACCAGGCAUGUCGAGUUGCACUUUAUUGGUUUGAGCUAUCUGUUUGUAAAAAUACUUUGAUAAUUAAAUUUCAAUUCUAAGCACCAUUGAUAUACUUGUAGUUUCUAAUUAACACACAACGCCACUGAGUUACUACUUUUGUGUGUUAAAUGUGUAUAAAACAGGUAAAAAUGUUUAAAUAAAUGUUGGUGAUAUUCUAAACAGUUACAUCCUGUCCUCCUUAAGCCUGAGAUGAGAUGAAUGCUUGUCCUUAAAUUAAAUAACUGACCAACACCUCAUGCUGACUAAUGAGCACACUCACUGAUAUGCGGAUACUGAUGGUAAAGGAAUAUUUAAAGAAACUCUAGAAGUCCUGAUAUUAAAGUUUGAGGAUUUUAAAAUAAGAAAUUUUAAGUGGCAAGAUCUAAAGUCAUACUGAUCCACAGCAAACCGUUUCCUAAAUGUAAAAGCCACGUGUUAGUUAUCUGCUCCUCCCGGGUCCUUCAGGGACCUGCAGCCCAUCUGAGAAGUCCAUUCCCGUCUUCUCCCACACAAGACUGCAUCUGUAUUUAGAGUUGGGCCUCAAAACACAAUUUCCAGAUGUUUUUUUCUGAAUUCUUUGCUUGUCUCUAUGUCUGGCCACGUGAUGUAGCAGACGGAUCAUACCAUUGCGGCGUGAGGUAUACUGCUCAACCCAUUGACCAUGAAGGAACAUUUCUCCUUUCCAGUGCCUGCCACUUAAUAAAAGAUGAUUACGUGAAAGCAUCAA